AAUGUUAAUUUGAUAUUGCCUCAAGGGCCAAAUUAAAUUACACGGUGGGCCAAAUUUGGCCCGCAGGCCAGAGUUUGACACCCAUGUGUGUGACUUGUAACAAGUUAUCGCUCCUGUCCUCUAGAUGGCAGUGUCGUCUCUGGAGAACUUGCCUUUUAGGGAAUAUCCAUUUAGGUUACACACUUAAUUUACUUUUAUUUUACUUUUUUUAAAAUUUAACAGAGCAUUUCAAACAUUUGCUAUGUUUAUCAACCUUGCUGACUGUGAUUCAGGCUGUUUAUUCUAGGGAUGUGCAAUGUUUGUGGUAUCCUAGCAACCCAACGAGCCAGUCUCGGAUCGCUGAAAACCCAGCUGCGGUGUAUUCAUCAUUUAGUGGAAGAUGGAACCCACGUCAUGUCCUCGUAUUUACGUGGAAAGAACUUUGGCUCUCAUUAAGCCAGAUGCAAUCCACAGAAGUGAGGAGAUUGAGGAUAUAAUUCAGAAAAAAGGCUUCAUUAUCCUCCAGAAGCGCACAGUGCAGCUGACUCCAGAACAGUCUAGUGACUUCUAUGCUGAACAUUAUGGAAAAGUCACCUUCCCCAGACUGACUGCUUACAUGAGUUCUGGUCCUAUCAUGGCAUUGAGUCUGGGCCGCCACAACGCCGUCUCCCACUGGAAGUCCAUCAUAGGACCUUCGAAAGAUGCACAAUCUCAUCCAGAAUGCCUUCGAGCCAAGUACGCCACAUCUGAGCUGCAGAACGCUCUCCAUGGCAGCGACUCCUCUCACGCCGCCGAGCGGGAGAUCAAAUUUAUGUUCCCAAACGCCGUCUUCCAGCGCAUUCCCUCGAGAGAAACCACUGAAGAGUACCUGAGUCGGCAUGUCAAGCAAACGUUGCUGCGGGGACUCACUGAACUCUGCAAACACAAGCCGCUCGAACCCUGUCUUUGGCUAGCUGACUGGCUCAUCACACACAAUCCAAACAAGCCUCAAAUAUGUCAUGGAGUUCCUGAACUGGACUAAAGGUAGAAUAUCACUCCUAGUCAGAAUGAGUAACGCCUGGCAAAAAUGGUCACCUUAUUAAACCGCGGACAUUUAUCCAUGAAAAUAUUGAAAAGCUACUGACGCUGCGUUUGAUGGAGAAGCAGCUGGAAGUCCACUCUCCAAGGUAAAUGCUGUACAUUAUUAGCACUGUUUUGUUUUUAUACAAUAUUUCUCUUCUAAAAGUUCCAUUUUAUUUUGAAAAGGCUUCUUACGUGUCAAAACUGUCCUGUUUUGGGGGAGCAAGCACCAAUAAAACUGAUUUCAAUUCA